AAAAGUGUGCAUUAUUAAUAUCAUCAAUAAUGAUACUGUUAAUAUAGUUAGAAAUAUUAAUUUCAAGCGAUCGUAACCAUUUUUAUCAUUUUGUAUCGAUACUUGAUUCAGCACCGUGCUGGUCAUUUUGAUUAAAGAUGGAGGAGGCUGGUAAUGAGAAGUUUCUGUCAAGAAGGCGUUCUGCAGCACUUAAGGCUUUUAAAGUUAAAGACGAACGAGUAGCGACUUUCAAAAAGGCAAGAAAAAAGGCAUAGAGUGAAAGCAAGAUUAGAAGAAGUAGAAGAUGCACCAGAAAUUUUGGAGGAGAAGUGCAUGAGAUUGGCAGCAGCAAUCAGCAGAGCCACAUCGCUUGCUGUUUAUACUGGUGCUGGUAUUAGUACAGCUGCUUCUAUCCCUGAUUACAGAGGAACAAAUGGCGUUUGGACUCGUUUACAGCAAGGAAAGGAUAUUGGAAAUCAUGAUCUUAGCCAAGCAGAACCAACAUUAACGCAUAUGGCUCUUUACGCUUUAUACAAGGCAAGAGUUUUAAAACAUAUAGUUUCUCAGAAUUGUGACGGGCUUCAUUUGCGUAGUGGAAUACCUCGUACACUUUUAUCUGAAGUUCAUGGCAAUAUGCAUGUAGAAGUUUGUAGAAUGUGUAAACCAUAUAGAGAAUAUUGGAGAUUAUUUGAUGUUACUGAAAAAACAGCUCGAUAUUCUCAUGGCACUGGAAGAUUAUGCCACAGAUGUAACUCUGUUCUGCAAGACUCCAUUGUUCACUUUGGUGAAAGAGGCAAUCUUCCUUGGCCAAUUAAUUGGACUGGUGCAACAAGAGCAGCGAAACAAGCGGAUGUUAUAUUGUGUUUAGGUUCUAGCUUAAAAGUUUUGAAGAAGUAUCCAUGGUUGUGGCAGAUGGAUAGGCCGAUCCACAAACGUCCGUCAUUGUACAUUGUAAAUUUACAAUGGACGCCGAAAGAUGAAAAUGCAGUUUUGAAAAUAAAUGGAAAAUGCGACGAAGUUAUGAAAAGAGUUAUGACUCAUCUUGGAUUGGAAAUACCACAAUACAACCGUGCCAAGGAUCCUAUUUUUUUUCAUGCUGUACGACUUAGAAGUAAUGAACAGUACACAACAAGUCAACCUUGUUUGGAAGAGCCAUCUGAUAUUGUUCAUAAAGAAUUAAGCCAAAUCAGUGAUAAUUUUCACGAUGUUCCAUCCGAAACCAAAGAGAAAGAAUGUGUUUCACCUAAAAGAGUAACUGAAUCAGUGUCUGCUUAUUCAGCACCAUUUUUUACUGCAUUACCAUUUUUGUCCAUGGGUUUGCCAUUUCCACCAAUGUACAUGUGCCCUCAACUAACACCACUUUUUUACUAUCCGUUUGUGCAAGUACCAAAUAUGACAUCAGACGUGCCAAAACCUAAACCUACUUGUACUUUUUGCAUGGAAAAUGAAGGUUCUCUCACUUGCCUUUAUUAUCAACGAGAUACAGAAAAUUCUAAUUUAAUAACAACCGAGAGUAAACAGAUAAAAGAUACAAAAACUUUGGUGAUCCAUGAAGAUCCUCCAAUAACUGCUAAAAAUCCUGGUUGGUUUGGUAAAGGAUAUCGCAAAGGCAUGAAAAAGAAACGGUAGCAUUUACUCUUUCUAAUACGCAAGCUCCUUUUCUUUUUUGUUAUAAUGUGAACGUAUGUAUAACAUGAUAUACGACGAUGUACGUAAAUGUUUGAUUUCUCCAUAUCAUGACGAGAUCUGUAUACAAGAUUUAGAAAUGUGUAGGAACUUAAUUCCAGUAUCCAAAAUUUUAGCAAUUAAAUUAAAAUAUUUAAAAUUUAAAAAACUUAAAUCUUUGUAAGCAUUCUAUUAUUCCUGUUUAGUAGUUGUGUGAUGAUUUAAUUUUAAAGUUCCAAUUAUAAAAUAGAUAUAUAAAAAGUAUCUUUACGAAUUUAAUCUAGAAAUUGUUAAUUUUAUUGUUAAAAGCUUGCUAUGAAAUUUGCU